UUGUGCGUGUCUCUCAUCUGAUCCUCCAUUGCAGCGUUUUGUUGUGAAAGCUAAAGUCGACCACCGAAAAUGUCUGGAAGAGGAAAAACUGGAGCCAAGACCCGCGCUAAGGCCAAGACCCGCAGCUCACGCGCCGGACUGCAGUUCCCCGUAGGCCGUGUCCACCGCCACCUCCGCAAGGGUAACUACGCACACAGAGUCGGGGCCGGAGCCCCCGUGUACCUGGCCGCCGUCCUGGAGUAUCUCACCGCCGAGAUCCUGGAGUUGGCCGGUAACGCCGCCAGAGACAACAAGAAGAGCCGCAUCAUCCCGCGUCACCUGCAGUUGGCCGUCCGCAACGACGAGGAGCUGAACAAACUGCUCGGCGGUGUGACCAUCGCUCAGGGCGGCGUGCUGCCCAACAUCCAGGCCGUCCUGCUGCCCAAGAAGACCGGCCAGGCCGCCCCGAGCUCCGGCAAGGCGGGAAAGAAGGCCUCCUCUCAGUCCCAGGAGUAUUAGCUUGCUGACUCGUAACUUUCAACACAACGGCCCUCUUAAGGGCCACCCACACGUCACCGAAAGGGCAACCUUUGCUGUCUUGCUUGUCACUUCUACUAGCUAUUUUUAUUUAAUAAACGCUUGUUCUGCGUAACUGCGUCUGCACCAUUUGUUGAUCAGUUGGGCUAACCGAAGCUACCGCUACAUGCUAGACUUGACGAAGUUAUCGUCAGUUUCCGGUAAAAAAUAUGUUCAACCUUUUCCUCUAUUGUCACGAGAGCCUCCUGCCUUAUUGUGAGUCUCUGAUUGUCUUGGGUUGUUCAGUGUUGAACAUUCAGAGGCCGUUGCAGGGCUAGGAGGACUAACGUGGCCUGUAUAAAUUUACACUGCAGGUCUCCCAAAACCGGAUAUGACCGGCUGGUAAACGAUUAUUGAACUCCGAACAAGAUUCGGAAUCUGCUCUAUUGGUCAAAAAGAUAUAAGAUAUUGAAGACAACAGAAUAGCAACAUGUAUGUACAAUAUAUAGCUAAACAACAGUGACAAUGAAUUGGGGUUUUCGUGCAGAAAAGUCUCCAACUUAAGUACACCUCGCUGAAAUUAACCUAGGAGAGUCAACUGUAAAAUGGUUUAAUGUUAACUUGAUUUAUGGUAAUUCUGGCUGAUGUAGGCUAGUAAUGUUAACUUAACAUAUCUUAACACUAGACUCAAAGUGCUAAAAAUACACCCAAACAUAUUUUAACAAGAACAUGGCGUUACAAUUUUUUUUAAAUAUAGAAUCCCUUCCAGCACAGUUGUCUUACAUAGGUGUCUGAGCAACUGCCUGCUUGUAGGAGAUUUAUAAACACAUUUUAGCUGUAGGACAAGGUUUGAAAUGUAUUUGUUGACACAGUUGUCUUACGGUAGAGUGUCCUGACUGGCAUCAGUGUGGUUAAAUCCUGCAUAUGAAAAAACAAUUGCAGCUGGUCUACUUUGCAAGUAUGAGCACAGUGACAUCAAUCUAGUACAGCAGGCAUACAUUGAAUCUAUUUAAUCUUCAAUGCACCCUGCAGUUUAAAUGCCACCAAUGGCACAGGGGUCAUUUAUAUAGAGUCCCAGCAUAUCAUCCUGGUCAAAAUGACUAAAUAAGCUUGCAAUACAUUACCAUUUGUUUCACUUUAUUGAAAUGAAAAUAACUCAUUCUGAAGAAUUUGUGUUUAUAGAGAGAUUUAGAUUUACGAAUUGUCUAGUCUGAAAGGGUUGUGGUCUAAUUAAACAAGGAUCAGUGCCGAGCCCAAAACCUCAGUUGGCCAAAUAAAACAUUCACUGCCAGAAAACCCCACCCUUCAAGCUCCAUGUCAACAAUGCACACCAGGUUACAUAUAUUAACGUCAUGACUUCUGACACCUUGCCAGACAUCGGACUACACACACAUCUAGGAGUUGUAAAUGUAACUGGUACAGUUGGGCUAAUAAAACAAAUGUCUCAACUAUCAUAGUGCACUUCACUGACUUUGCCACCAGGGGUCAAUUGUUUCAUGCUUGAAAAUCUAGAUUAUGUGUCACGUGUGUUUCCAUUUAAUAACAAUUGAAGACAACUCCCUUCAUGUAUGGUUCCAAAAUAUAUUCAACACACAGACUCUCACCGUAUUAAUAGAAUAAUGAAAGAUGCAAUGUCUUCUCCAGUGACAUUAAAAAAAUCUGAAAAUCUUU